AUGAAAAAAUCAAUUCGUCACAUAAAUUCAAAACUUCAAAUGGAUAAUAAAAAAUUAUUCGAAUUUGAUUCGAAUAAAUACGUUAUAGAAACCGAAUUAAACGAUGGUGAUGAUAACAACAACAACAAAUACAAAACGGAAUAUUAUCAAAAUUACAUUGAUAAUAGUGAUGUUAUAAAAACCGGAAAUGACGUUUGCGAUGGAAACGGUGGUGGUGGUGAUGAUGAUGUUUUAUACGAUGGAAUACAUUGCAGUUGGCAUAACGAUACGGUUUUAUGUUGGCCUAAAACACUCGGUGGAACCACAGCUUAUCUUCCAUGUUUUGAAGAAUUUAAUGGAAUCAAAUACGAUUCGUCACAAAACGCAACGAGGAGAUGUUUCGAAAACGGUACCUGGUCAUCAUCAAAUUACACUCUAUGCCUGAACAUAGAAGGUACCAUAUCCGAAUCAGUUUUCGACGAAAGUAUAACAGGAGUGACGUCAUUAUUAUAUUACAUUGGAUAUUCCGUAUCCGUCGUUGCUUUACUUAUCGCCAUGUUUAUUUUUUUAUAUUUCAAAGAUUUAAGAUGUCUUCGUAAUACGAUUCACACAAAUCUUAUGUUUACCUACGUCAUGGCGGAUUUCAUGUGGAUUCUCACGGGGAUUUUACAAAAUUCAAUACAACAGGAUAUGACGUUGUGCAUGAUGUUACCCUUGGUACUUCACUACUUCCACGUCACAACAUUUUUUUGGAUGUUUGUCGAAGGUCUUUAUCUUUACAUGCUCGUUGUUGAAACAUUCAAUAGAACAAACAUAAGAACCGGAGUUUAUGUGUUUAUCGGUUGGGGGAUUCCAUUGAUAUUAAUUAUUAUUUGGGGAAUCGUUAAAGCCGUGGCACCAAUGAACGAAGAAACGGCAAACACGGAAUUUUCUGGAGUUUUAUCACAUUGUCACUGGAUGAAUGGAACGAUACACGAUUGGAUAUUUAAAAUUCCCGUUUUAACCGUCAUGGCAUUAAAUUCUGUUUUUUUAGUCAUGAUAAUGUGGGUAUUGAUAACAAAAUUAAGAUCGGCAAACAAUGCGGAAACUCAACAGUAUAGAAAAGCUACAAAAGCACUUUUGGUACUCAUACCGCUACUGGGUAUAACCUACAUAUUAACAAUCGUGUCACCAACGGAAGGAAUCGUGGCACAAGUUUUUUACAACAUGAGAGCAUUCAUGCUAUCUUUUCAGGGGUUUCUCGUGGCUCUUUUCUACUGUUUUUUAAACAGCGAAGUACAAAACACUAUGAGACACAGAAUGGAAUCAUGGCGUACGAUAAGAACGCUGGGUGAUAAAAGAUAUAAUUACAGCAGAGAUUGGUCACCGAGAUCUAGAACCGAAAGCAUGAGAUUGUACAGUCAACCUACGAUAACGCCUUACAAAAAACGUGAAUCUUGUGCGAGCGAAGUUACAACCACGACGGUCGUCAACAGCGGUAUAUAUACAAAUAACGGUUCGAGAGUUUCUAACGGAUCGACCGGUGGCACAUCGAUAAAUCAAAAAUCAACAACGUCAUUUUUAACCGUCACAAAUGAAAAUUAUGAUUAA